GUCCGCAUAAAUAUAGUCUCUAUGUUUUCUGCAGCAUCUCUUCCAUUUUUAUCUCACAAGUCGAGUGCAGACUGCAGAAGCUUCGUUAGCACUUCCAUGGCGUCUUCUCUCUCUAGAAAACUAUCCGCUGCCAUUCUCUCAAAGCACAGACCACUCUCAAGCACAUCCAUCUCUUUCUGCACCAAAAGUCUCUCCUUCCCAGAAUCCGCUUCUGACUCCGACUCACCCCCCGAUUCUCCCCCUCCAAACCAGCAGCGUGCCAAUACCGAUCGACCCCUCGAAAACGGCUUGGACCUCGGCAUUUACAAGGCGAUAUUGGUAGGGCAGGUUGGGCAGGCGCCGAUUCAAAAGCGGCUGAAAAGCGGCAAAAUGGUAACCCUAAUUUCGCUCGGCACGGGUGGCAUUCGCAACAAUCGGAGGCCAUUGGAAAACGAGGAGCCGCGUGAUUACGCCAAUCGCUGCGCGGUGCAGUGGCACAGGGUCUCCGUUUACCCAGAGAAAUUAGGCGAACUCGCCGCGAAGAAUCUCGCCCCCGGUUCUACAUUGUACGUGGAAGGGAAUCUCGAGACUAAAAUAUUCAAUGAUCCGAUAUCUGGACUCGUCCGUCGAAUCAGAGAGAUUGCUGUACGUCGGAAUGGGAGGAUUCUGGUUCUAGGAAACGGAGCUGAAGCAGCGCAGUUUUCAAGGAAUGAUAUGGCCGGGGUUGGAUAUUACUGAGAAGCACUAGUGAUCUUCUCACCGCUACCCUGGCCAAUUCCCAAUGAUUCUUUCCAAAAAAGUAUGCUUCAGUUAAUGUUGAAUUGCAAGGACAAUAAACAGUAGCAGGAUGGUUUACAACUAAUAUUAGCAGAUGGUAUACCUGGCU